CACCAUCAGCCCAAAUCUUUUCCCAGUGCCCCGCGAUGCUGGAAGUGUUGCAGCGCAAAGACCAUCCACAUGCCGUCUCGCAGCAUUAACACACAUACCACAGACAGACACCAACCCAGCGUCUACACACCGAGUCACCCCUACAACCCGGACGGACCACUGGCCGAGACUGCUGUAGUACAUCUUCCUCGGUAAUAAUCCUGGAAGCGCACCUCGCACAAUGCCUAGGGAUCCCCUGAUCGGCCUGGUCGGCAAGCCAUCGGCUGGCAAGAGCACUACGCUUAACAGCCUGACUGAUGCUUCCUCCAAAGUUGGAAACUAUCCAUUUACCACCAUCGAUCCCCAAAGAGCUAUUGGAUACCUCCAAAUAGAUUGCGCCUGCAGGCGUUACAGCCUCCAGGAGAAGUGCAAGCCCAACUAUGGUGGGUGCGUCGACGGCAAGCGCUCCGUGCCCAUAGAGCUUCUGGACGUUGCUGGUCUUGUACCUGGAGCCCACGAAGGAAAAGGUCUGGGCAACAAAUUCUUGGAUGAUCUCAGACAUGCCGAUGCCCUGAUCCAUGUGGUUGAUGCGAGCGGAAAGACGAACGCCGAAGGCGAAAACACCAGAGGAUAUGAUCCGUCACAGGAUAUAGCGUGGCUGCGCAGUGAGAUCGUCCAGUGGAUCAAAGGCAACCUGUAUGAGCGCUGGGGCUCCAUCAAGAGGCGGCACGUCGCGGUAAAAGCGACACCUGUCGAGACCCUGCAAGCUCAAUUCUCCGGAUACGGUAGUACUGCAUCGCUCGUGGCGCGGACACUGGACAAACUCGCACUGAAAGAGCCCCUACAAGACUGGGACGAGGCAACGGUGGACAAGGUGGUUGGUGCCUUCACCGACGAAAAGUUCCCAACUGUCAUCGGUCUCAACAAAAUCGACGACGCCGAUGCAUAUACGAACCUCAUGAAAAUCACCAAGAUGUACAAGAACAGCCCGGUUGUGCCGUGUUCUGCCAAGGCCGAGAUUUUCCUGAGAAAACUGGCGAAGCAGGGCUAUGUUCAGUACACAGAAGGCAGCGACUCCGUAUGGACAAGAGAGGACCUUAUCGAUGACGGUGACCCUGAUGGUGGAGGUCUGAAGGAGAUCGAUGAAAAAAAUAGAGACAUUAUUGAUGAGUAUAAGGAUCUGAUAUUGUAUCGAUAUGGCUCUACAGGAGUAGUACAGCUGCUCUCAAAAGCUGCAGAGAUCCUGGGUUUGGUACCUAUUUUCCCGGUCCGAAGCACGUCAACCUUCGGAUCAGGCUCAGACACAAGAUCAGUGUUCAGAGAUUGUGUGCUUGUGAGAAAGAACCUGACGGUGGGCGAGGUUGCGAGAAAAGUUAUGGGCGAUGUAACAAUCGCCUACAUAGAAGGCGCCAACGGCACCAGAGUCUCUGAGGAGGACUCUGUUGCCGUAGGCAAGAAUGAUAUUCUGUCAUUCAAGGUCGGAAAAGCAUAAUGGUGCUUCUCUUGCAAGGAUACCCUACUCGUGCGCCGAGUUUAGUCCAUUGAAUACAACCCUGCUCAAAUCGCUUGCAAGCCUUGUUAUUAGACGUUCCAACUUGUGAACCGUAAUGAAAGUAUCAAAGUGAGGUACUCUGUAAAUAUAACCAUCUUGCGAAUAGCCGAUUCAGCCACGUUCCUAUUAGCCCCGCCUGAGCAGCGACAAAUAAGAGAUCUGCUUUGUUGAGCAUAAUAUAAAAACAGACGAAAUCUCCACGACAAAAUUGGCAUAGAAGAAGUACCUCAUGGUUCAGGACUGACGCUGGCAAAGAAAUCGAGCAAAUUGAGUAUCCCCCACGACACAGCAACUCUGACAGCUGGCGCCAGAAUCUCGCAACCUCCCAA